UUCAUAUGACGAACUAGACGUUUUUAGCGUUCGUUGUAUUCUGGUCUGUGUAAAUCAGUAGCUGCUCCAGUGCCGUCUCGUGACUCGCAUCUUCACGCGCGUGCUGACACCCUCAGCAUCCCACCUUGUCACGCGCUUGUGGAACGCCAGACGCAUCUGUCACUAUUGGAUUAAGUUAUGUAUUUGAAACUAUGGAGCUGCCAAAGAGCGAAGAUUCCUCAAAAGAUCGAAAGAAUUCAAUCAAGACUGCAGCAUAUGUCCAUGGUAAAAUCAAAGAAGGACAUACAUCUCACAGUGAUCCAAAUAAAGAAUUUGUAAAUAUGCACAAUACAGUUGAAAGCCAACGCUCACUACCGGGAAUUUGUGACACUCUUUGCCAGGAUGGAACUGUCUGCAGCUCUGUCAAAAAGAGCAAAACCUAUGACUGUGGAAGGAGAAUGGGGUUACAGCAAGCUGAGAAGUCUGGAAACAAAGAUGGGACUAACAGGCGCCAUCGUCAUAAACUCGUGACCAGUGUCAGCUUUUCAGGAUUUGAGUCACCUCUACGGUUGCUUUGUGAGAAUCCGGACACGUCUGGCAGCAGUCAUGAAAUCAUCGAUUACCGUAAUUUAACACCCCAAGUUCCCUUUGUGCCCUGCAUAGCAAAAUCCAUUCCUAAAAAGAGGAUCUCCCUAAGGAGACCUAGGAAGGCCAUUAAAGACUUGUUCGGUCAAAAAAGAAACAAAUAUGAGACAGCUUCAUCACUAAGUACACAGGGUCGUGAUGGAGGUGAAAAUGUUCCAACAUCGAAAAGGAUAAAGAAGUCUUCAAGAGACAAAGAACAGACCUCUGCAAGAAACCGGUAUAUCAAAAACAGCGAGACUUUUUCGGAUGCCUCGAGUGAAUGUUGUCCUAAUGUUUUUGAGGAUGUCGCCUCAUUAAAAAGCUUUGGAUCUCAGUCUGGUUGUGGAGAGAUAUUUGCUGAUGAAGAAUGCAUUGUGUCGCCUGAUGGGGACCUCAACCCCUUGAAUCACAAAGAGGCUGGUGAAUCUCAGAAACUAAGCCCUGCUACGACAGGCUUCCAGGGAGGUAAAGAGUGCCUGGCCUCUCCAGCUCAGUCUGAGGUCCUGGACAUGUUUGGAAUGUGGGAAGCUCUAAACAAAACAAAACACUUUAGGCAAAGUUCAAGAACAUCAGGGAAUACAAGAGAGAUCAAAACACCAUUAGCCAAAUCCCCUUCCAUGACCAAAUCUGAAAAUUUAACAGCAAAUUCACCCAUACUGGAGUCACACAUCAAGGAGCUUAAUACUGAUGUGAUGUCACUAAAAAGUGACAACCAAGAGAAUACAAGUGACGAGGGCUACUGUGAUUAUGUUUCUCCUGGUUCUGAGGACCACAGCAAGACUUCUCUUACUCCAGUGCUGUCCAACAAGUUCCCUAGGGACACUUACAGUGGAGAUGCUCUUUAUGAGCUAUUUUGUGACCCUAGUGAAGCAGAGAUGACCCCCAUCUUUGACGAUGAGCUGGAUCUAACAGACACCAUUAUUGGCCAAUGCAGCGACCUUCCGUUAUCCAUGUACAGCUUCCAUGUCGGGGCAGAGGAAAAUAUUGCACCACCUCUGGCUAGGGAUUUAAUUGGUCAAGAGUUCUUGCAGAGUAAAUGGAUGGGGAAGGAUUGUUUACUAAAGCUUUGCGACACAGAGAUCUCUCUAACUAUGGGUAUAGUUAACUGGCUAAAACAUAAGACAGACAAAAGCAACCCAAAGUCUUUAUGUACGAACAGGGAAGAACCUAGAGAUGUAUAUAUGAAAUACAAAACCCACUCAGUAGGGGUUAGAAAACCCCCAAGAGGAGCCCCUUCAAGAGCUGUUAAUAGUAGCAGAGAUAUGGUGAAUCUCAAAGAGAGGGACUCAAGCCAACAAGGUGUUGGUUCUCCCAUAUUGGACCUGCCUUCACAAUAUGAUGUUAACACUGUAAUGUCACCCUUGGUGUCUCCAGAGAGCCUACCCAAAACCCCAUCAAGUGGUGUGUGUUUCAAAAUAUUCAAUAUUGACUCUCCUGGGACCCCAAGUGGAGAUUUGAAGUCCCCAGUAGUAAGCUCACCUGGUUCUGGAACGCGCUCAUUGUUUGUGCUGGCCAUAAAUAAGGAAUCUCUUUGUUCUUCCUGCAAGAGUUCCUUAAAAAAGGGAGCUAAAAAUCUGUUCCUGUGCUGUUCUUGUAUGUCCCUUAUCGAGCACAUCAAGACAUCAGACCUUUGGGACCAUGCCGGCCUUCCCCAUCCCCAAACUCUAACUCCACAGCCCAUUACCACAGACCCACUGUCUCCAGGUAGCACUUGUGGGAUAGCAAGUGAUAUCAGCAUCGCUUCCCUUGUUGAGCAGUGUGCUAGUCAGUUGUCUUCUAUAAAGAUUAACAUUACUCAAAAGCACUUAAGAUGUGAUAAAAGAAGUGGACUUGUACAUGAGCAAGGGGUGAAAAGGAACACUGAAAACGCUCAGAAAUAUCUAAAGGCGAAGCAGAAGAAAGAGACGAUGGCGAGUCCAGAACAAGGCUUGCAUGAUAGACAUUGCUUGGGUCGGUCCAGAUUUUCGGAGGAGGUACAAAAACCUUCAGUUUUGGAGACUGAGGGACUUGGUUUUGUGACGAAUCAUGGCUCUAAUGAUUUGGUGUUAGAAACUUACAGUGAAUCUGGUGACAUGGUCACAUUUCAAACUCCUAGGCCUACUUCUCUUCCUCUCAUGGCAUCUACUUCCUCAGAGUUUUCUUCAGGAGAAGAUCACCAGGUGAAAAGGACGGAACACAGAAAUGUGGCCAAAAAGAAACAUAGAUCAUCAAGUCAUAAGAAGACUACUGUUAAUAGUGAGAAAUCAGGAUGUUUUGUCCUUCAGGAGGGGAAGGUGGAACGCAGAUGCAGAAUGAAAAAGUGACACCCAGGUGCUGGAUUCCUCUACUGAAGAUGCAUCUUUUCACUUCAUGGCAAUACUGGAAUAGAAAACUUUAAAUACUUUUCAAUACUAAUCUGUUCAGCUGCUGUUGAAAUUGCAUAACCACAUUGAUUUAAAAUUGCUGAAUUGAAAAACUGCAGCUUAGAUAAAAAAAACAGGGCACUGCAACCCCUAAAGACCUCUUUGCAAGAUGAAAACACUGGUCCAGAAGUACUUCCGGUUUUUAUUUAUUUAAGUAUUUUUUAGAUAUUACAUAUUUAAUUAAAUAUUUGUUUAACAUUGUAAAUCUGUAAUAUAUAUAUAUAUAUAUAAAUAUUCUAUCGGUUCUAUUUUGUUCAAAUAUUUGUGUAAGUAUUACUGGAAGUUCUUCUGGAUCAGCAUUGCACUUGCAUUGUUUACAUCAUCUGAAGAGGUCUAUAAAGGAUCUAAAAUCUUCAUUUUGGGGAAUUAUUGUGGAAGAAGUGCCUGACUGGAUCUCAAAAUGUAGUGUCCUUUACUGUAUGUAUUCCAGUUUGGUCUUUGCAUAUUUGUUUGCAAUACUUCUGUUUCUUUUAACGUAAUGGCCUUGGAUGUAGCAUUGUUUUUUUGCAUGUUUUUAAUAUGUCUUUUCACUACUGCACUUUGCAGUGGAUGCAGUGAUUUUUAAACCAUAGACUAAGACAAAAGAUCCAGUAUAGGCUAUAGGACAAGGGCAUACAAUGCAUUAUGCAUUUGUUUGCUUCAUUGUUUUCUUUAUACUCUUAUUGUGACAAAUAGACCUUAUUCUCACAUGCUUUGCAGGUAUUCUCACAGCACGCAUUCAGAAUCAGAAUCAGAAAGAGCUUUAUUGCCAAGUAUGUUUGCACAUACAAGGAAUUUGUUUUGGUGACAGGAGCAUCCAGUACACAGAAUAAGCAACAACACAGAGACCAUCAAACAAUACAAAAAACAGUUACACAUAUGAUUUAAAUAAGGGCCUAUGGGUAUAAAAAUUAAGAAAUACAAUACAGUAAACAUAAGAGUAAAGCUAUAGAGAGUAAAGUUAUGUGUGUAUGUAAAUAUGUACAAGUAAAAAAUAGAAUAGACUAUUUCAGACUAUGGAAUAUAUUCUAGACAGACAGGCUAAGGCAGUGGCAGAGUAUUAAGUAUUCGGUGUAUAAAAUGUGUAUUGUAUUAAAAAUAGGGAUUAAAAAAGCAUGCUUCAGUCAGUGAGUUACUUUUGCAUUGCCUGGCAAUCUAGUGCAGAUUCACAAUUUAUUGCACAGUAGAUCAGUUCCUUUAAAUCCUCUUUACUUAAUUACAGCAUAAGGGUGGAAUUGCAACUGUUUUGUGCUUGUGUAAGGGGAAGUGAUUGUGUCUAAGCAGUUCAGUAGGCUUCAAGGCUUUCUUAGAGUUAUUCUGUUGUAGCUGGGUCAGCAGAGGCACUGAUCUCUGCUGUUGUGUGUGUAUGUGUACUUGAGCAUCGAUGAGCUGAACAUGUAAUUAGGAUUUCAGGGGAAGGGAGGAAGUCAGCAGUUUGACUAAUUUAGUCUAUUAUUAGCACUCGUGCGGAUUAUUUCACAUUUAAAAAAAUGUAUCUGCAUAAUGCAUACUAAAUGGGUACAGAUUAUUUAAGGAUGUACUGUCUUUCUGGAUUCUCUCCAUUUUCGUGCACCUUCAGAAUGUCAUCUAGGGGUAAAUUAAAGAGUGCUAAGGGACUAUGAUAGCAAAGCUUCUUUUGAUAGGGCUCAAGGUCAGUAAUCCUCUUUGUAUUUGUGGCUUGUUAUAUUUCUGAAAACCAUAGCAACAGCACAUGAGAAAUCACUCUGUAUAUUGGCAAUUGUAAAUGGGACUUGUUGUUACUAUUUUAAAAUGGAGAUUUCUUUGUGGUUUGGAUUUUGGGUCUGAAAAAACACCAUUUGACCUUUUUAAUAAUUUAAACAGGAACAGUUAAGCUGAAAAGUAAAUGGAAUUUGAGGACCAUAGUAUGUUUAUAAAUUAAGAAGUCUGGCUCUGUUAAGAAAAAAAUGCAACUGACUCUAAAAAAAAUGUGUUGAUAGACAGAGCAGAUACGUUUACCCAACCUUUAUUGAAACUUUAUCCCAUUUACUAUGUUAUACAAGGUCCCAAGGUGCCACAACAACACUGAUUGUUUCAUAUAGAUUGGUUGCUGUGUUUAAUUUUAACACAUUCUGAUGUAGCUCUCACAAGAUAAUGUAUUCUACUUUAGACUCUAAAAGUCAAUAUAAACUUCUUUCCACUAUACAGUAUGCAAAUAAACUGAUUAAAAGAAAGUAAAUAUGACAAAAAGUGACAGUCAAGACUUUCAUUUGUUUUUAAGCAAUACAGUGGAGCACAGUUUAUUCAGCUCUAAACGGCCUUAAUAUAUAGAAACAUAAUUGUGAUUAAGCAAAAACUUUUAAGUCAGUCUUUACAUUUAUUUCAAGGUAGGUCGUUGUCCAAUGUAAAGGUGUAGGGGAAAAAAAUCUAGAUGUUGUUAUUCCUGCAGGAAAUGCAAUUGACUAUAACUGAAGAUAAUCAUUGAUGAAUUUUGCGUGGCUUGUUUUAAAAGGUAGUCAUGGAUCAUGGAUGAGACGUGAGCAGUGAAUGGUCUUUUGACAUAUUAUUUCCUGUUGUGCUCUCAGUGGAUCUCACAACAGACCGCUGCUAAGUUGCACAUCUGGAAAGUAUAAAAGCAUGUAUUCUCUCCGAAUCACUGGUAACGUCCAACAUUGUGGGGGUCACAGAUCAGCCAAAUAUGCAUUGAGGAAUAUGUUUAUAGUAAGUUAUGAAGUGGUAGAACUCAUCUUGUUUUUGUUGUAUUUACCCUUCAUCAGGAUGAGAAGCUUAGGGUCUCGGUGUGUGUGGUAAUGGCACCAUUUUGCCACUUUGUGGCAGUAUUGACAUUUCAAAAUCUUUGAUUUCAGAGAACUGGCUGUGCAAAAAAUGUGCCUCAAAAUGAACAUCCUUAUUCCUUGAUCAUAAUUAGACUCUCUUAUCUACAUUAUCUUUCAUUAAAGCAAUUUUAUGAUACUUUAUGAAUUUUCCCAUCAACUGUUUUCCAGACAUUUAGGCUUGUGGCCAAGUGAAAGGGAUUCAUGUUAGCUUUGACUGGUCUAUAAAUUAUCAGUGUGCGCCUGGGAGUGUAAAGUCACUACAGAGCAGAUGCGUAGAGCUGGCUGACGGUUGCCCAUUGAGAGAGGUGAUGGUGAACAGGACUCUGUUCUCUUUUCUGGCUUAGGGAAUAAGCCUCAUGUUGUUAGUUUGGUUGCAUGACUCUACUGAUGAUUUUGCCUGAUGGGACACAAUGGGGGACUAUGUCAACAUUGAGGAGUGGAAUUAGCUUUGCGUAAAGGAUGCUGUGUUUAAAGUGAUAGUUCAACCCAAUAUACCUGUAUAAAUUAUAUAGAAAUAUUUGGAAGAAUGUUUGUAAUUUUCAGUUCUGGGACAUCAUUGACAACCAUGGUGGUAAAAAUUAGUAAAAGGUGCCCCACAACUUCCUGUUUUCAACAGAACAAAAUAAUAUACUAUAUUUUUUCGUAUGGUAUUGCAUGAUAUCCCUGAACUAAAAAAAUUGCCAACGUUCUUCCAAAUCCCUUUCUCUGUGUUCAUCGGAACAAACAAAAAAAUACAGUUUGAAACAACCUAGGGGUGGAAAAACAAUGACAGAAUUUUCAUUUUUGGGUGAACUGUCCCUUUAAGGGACUAGACAGCAUGAAAGCCAUGAGAGCUUGUGUAUAGAUGAUAAAUGUUUUGCAAUCUGCCGCUACUCCAAAUAGUUGUCAACGACAAUCUGUUACAAUGUUGAUCAUGAAUCGAUUAUAUAAAGAGUGAAAGAUAGAUUGACAUUUCUUGAUUUAAAUGUAAAACAUCUUGCAUACUUUGUUUUAUUAAAAAAGGAACCAAUAAUCUUGUUUUAAAUGUUCAUGUACACAUUCUGAUUUUGUAGAUUCUGUCUGAUUUAGCCUUGCUAUGUUAUUCUGUGUGCUAUAGCUCUGCCCUCAGGGCAGCUGCACUUGUGUACCAGUUGUCUAUCUUUCAUCCUUUAAGAAUUCUGACAGCUUUGCUCAUUUUACUGUCAACUCAGCAAAACUCAGCCAGGAACUACAACAGGUCUGUCAAUCUGUUUCUUGGAAAAGUGACAUUUGUCUGAAACCUGUCGUAUCAGUGUUUUCCCUCCAUGGUCAUUUUGCUAUCAUAGCUAUUUUCUCUUUUGCAACUUUUUUGCAAGUGUUUUGUUUUUAAAGCCAGGAAUAACUUCAAUAACAGUGCAUCACUGUCCAUGAGAUAUUUUGUCUUAUUACAGAAGUCUGUGAAUGUACAUUGUUGGGAGUGGUUUAGGUUGCUUUUCUAUAUCAAAAUUAUUUGACAAGCUCUAUGAAAAGUUCUUAGCUAGAUUUUGAAGGAGACAGCUGGAGACAUAGCAAUGGUAUAAACUUUGCAUUUUUAUUCGUUCAGCUAUUAGAGUUCAAAACAGAGACGGAUAAUGUGUAUCAGAAUAAAUUAGGAGAAGUAGUCCUUUGAAAGAGCGCCUCUGAUCUGGCUGAUGUGACCGGAAUUGGUUAUCACAACUAAAAAAGGGACCAUUCAUACAUAUAGUAGGCCUCCUCACAAAGCAGGCAGGUGGCACUUUUACUUGUCGUCUUUGUCUUCUUUGGAAUGUAAUUCUGCCAGUUCUGCCCUGUUUUUAUAUACUCAACGGAGACAGUCCGACCACUGUGUAGAGUUGCUACGUAUUGAGUGAAAUUCUUAUAAAUACAUGCCCUUAUAUAGCCCAGGUAUUAGUUUGUCUGGUCAUUUUUCCAUUACAAGCAAAGUGUAGCAUAAUUUUUUCAUGUCUGCAUUUGUAUCGGUAUGUUUAUAUCCAUGUUUAAGCAGACACCAGUGAAUAUUAAGCAUAACCUUUUUCAAUUAAUAAUAUUAACAGGUAUUUAUGUGAAAAGAAAGUAGGAUAUUCUACUCUUGAGUAUUUGAAUACCGAAGGAACCAGUGGAGGAGGUAUGUGUACAUUAUAUACAAUAAUAUUUAUUUACCAAAAUUUGUAUAUAUCUAUUUAAAAUAUGCACUUUCUGUUUAGUAGGCUAUCUGUCUGUUCUGUAUUUUUGCACAAAUGUAAUAUUACUUUUCAGGAUGACAAUUCAAAAUAAAAGAAUUAGAUAGCAAAAUGUAAAAAGAACUUUACAAUAUGUUUAUGAGUAAUUGAAAAAUGUAAACAAUGUUCUUUAUAAAGUCCAGAUUUAGUUGGAAUGCAUAUUA